AUGAUUAACACUGUUGAAUUCGCCAAAGGGUUGCAAAUCUGCCAAAUAUUCAUUUCAACUUCCCUCAGUUCCCUCCUCCAUCACCAUCCCACCCUUUCAACUAUCCGCCACCGCCACCCUCACAUUGUUUCACUCCUCCACCACCAUCACCGCACCACCCUGUGCUUCCACCACCAUACCCAGUUCCAACACCACCCAACUAUCAUAGUGAUUGUGUUUGUAUCCUUUGGAGGCCUUUUGUUCCUUUCAGUGCUGGCUUUUGCUCUGUUUUGCCUGAUCAAGAAGAUGAAGAAGAAGAAACAAGAAACUGAUAUCAUCCAUUUUGAUGAGCACAGGCAUUUCACUGAAGCCAUUGUGCCUGGCCCUUGUGGUGAGCAAGUGGUGGUGCUAUCAGUUGACGAUGAUGUCCACAUUGACGAAGAAAUCAUCAAGAAUGAGGAAUUUGGUCAUGCUUUGCAGGAAAAACAAUCAUCAACUGCCAAUGAAGGCAAUGAUCCUUGA